UUUAACCUAAUGCUCAUUUCGGCCACCGUCUGCUGGAAAAACUCGACUGGAGCUUCGAAGUAAGUAACUUUUUUCUUCUACUCAAGUUAUUGGUGCUUUUGUCAAUUUCGACCUUUAUGAAUGAUUAAUCUCGGAGGAAGAUGAAAACAGAGAGAUACGACGCCAACAUCUCCUUCCCUAGUUUGCAUAGUUUUUUCAGAAACUAAUGGAGUUUGUUGGUUACUGCUCUAUAUUGUGCAUAAUGAUCAACCCUUAGAAUUCCUAAAGAUUUGUGAGAAAACAAUCUUUAAGAGCUUUGUGUUCAUAUCUCAAUUCCUUUAUUGAGAAUGAAUCGAGCAUUGCAGCCAAAACAUGUAGCUGCUGUAAUAAGAUAUCAAAAUGAUCCCCUUAAAGCACUCAAAAUGUUCAACCAAGUGAAAACAGAAGAUGGUUUCAAGCACACAUUGGCAACGUAUAAGUGCAUGAUUGAGAAGCUUGGGCUUCAUGGAGAGUUUGAAGCCAUGGAGGAUGUGCUUGCUGAAAUGAGGAAGAAUGUCGACAAUAAAAUGCUUGAAGGAGUUUAUAUUGGAAUUAUGAGGGACUAUGGAAGGAAAGGAAAGAUUCAAGAAGCUGUGAAUGUGUUCGAAAGGAUGGAUUUUUAUGACUGUGUGCCAUCGGUUCAAUCAUAUAAUGUAAUCAUGAACAUUUUAGUUGACUACGGGUAUUUCAAUCAAGCUCACAAAGUGUAUAUGAGGAUGAAAGAUAUUGGAAUUCUUCCCGAUGUUUAUACUCACACAAUUAGGAUAAAGUCUUUUUGUAGAACUGGUAGGCCGAGUGCUGCACUAAGGCUGCUUAAUAACAUGCCUGGCCAGGGAUGUGAAUUCAAUGCUGUUUCAUAUUGUGCUGUGAUCGGUGGCUAUUAUGAAGAGAACUGCCAAAUUGAGGCGUAUCAUUUGUUCCACGAAAUGCUCCAGCAAGGUAUUUGUCCUGAUAUUUUAACAUUUAAUAAGCUCAUCCAUGUUCUUUGUAAGAAGGGUAAUGUUCAAGAAAGUGAAAAACUCUUCAACAAGGUCCUGAAGAGGGGAGUGUGCCCAAAUCUGUUCACAUUCAAUAUCUUCAUUCAGGGUCUUUGUAGAAAAGGUGCAAUAGAUGAGGCUGCUAGAUUGUUGGAGAGCAUCAUAUCAGAAGGUCUAACUCCCGAUGUAGUUUCGUAUAACACACUAAUUUGUGGCUUCUGUAAACAUUCGAAGCUAGUAGAAGCAGAGUGUUAUUUGCGUAAAAUGGUGAAUAAUGGGUUUGAGCCCAAUGAAUUUACCUAUAAUACAAUUAUUGAUGGAUUUUGCAAGAUGGGUAUGAUGCAAAAUGCAGAUAAAAUUCUCCGUGAUGCAAUGUUUAAGGGGUUCGUGCCUGAUGAAUUCACCUAUAGCUCUUUAAUUAAUGGAUUAUGCGAUGAUGGAGAUAUGAACCGAGCCAUGGCUGUAUUUAGUGAGGCAAUGGAAAAAGGAUUUAAGCAUAGCAUUGUUCUCUAUAAUACACUAGUAAAAGGGUUGUCCCAGCAGGGACUUGUUUUGCAGGCCUUGCAGCUGAUGAAAGAUAUGCUGGAGCAUGGUUGUAGCCCUGAUAUUUGGACUUACAAUCUAGUUGUGAAUGCGCUGUGCAAGAUGGGUUGUCUAUCUGAUGCCAGUGAAUUUCUGAACGAUGCAAUUGCCAAAGGUUGUAUUCCUGAUAUAUUUACCUUUAAUACAUUGAUUGAUGGUUACUGUAAACACCUUAACUUGGACAAAGCCAUUGAGACUUUAGACACAAUGUUGAGUCAUGGUAUAACUCCUGAUGUGAUUACAUAUAACACGCUCUUAAAUGGCCUUUGCAAGGCAAAAAAGCUAAACAAUGUGGUGGACACUUUUAAAGCGAUGCUCGAGAAGGGGUGUAUACCGAACAUAAUUACCUACAACAUAUUGAUUGAAAGUUUUUGUAAAUCUCGAAAAGUUGGUGAAGCAAUGGACUGGUUUGAGGAGAUGAAAACUAGAGGCUUGACCCCAGAUAUUGUUACCCUUUGCACCUUGAUUUGUGGGUUAUGCAGUAAUGGAGAGCUGGAGAAAGCUUAUCAGCUAUUUGUGACAAUAGAAAAAGAAUACAAAUUCUCAUAUUCAACGGCUAUAUUCAACAUUAUGAUCAAUGCCUUUUGUGAAAAGUUAAAUGUCAGUAUGGCAGAGAGGCUCUUUCAUAAGAUGGGUGGCUGUGGCUGUGCUCCAGACAGUUACACCUAUCGUGUCAUGAUAGAUACAUACUGCAAAACAGGGAACAUUGACCCUGCACAAACUUUUCUCCUGGAAAAGAUCAAUAAAGGAUUGGUUCCAUCAUUUACAACCUGUGGAAGGGUUCUGAACUGUCUUUGUGUGAAGCACAGAUUAAGUGAGGCAGUGGGUAUUAUAAACCUUAUGGUGCAGAAUGGCAUUGUUCCGGAAGAAGUGAACUCAAUUUUUGAAGCUGACAAGAAGGAAGUAGCUGCACCUAAAAUUGUUGUGGAGCAUCUAAUGAAGAAGUCCCAUAUCACAUACUAUAGUUAUGAACUGUUAUAUGAUGGAAUUCGGGAUAGAAAGUUGGAUAAGAAAAAGUUGCUGGACAAGAAAAAGUUCAAGAGAAGCCCUUCCCUAGGUCCAGGAAAGGGGCAUUUGAAUCUUCAUAGACCUAUAUGGACAGUGAAUCGUCUUGGUAAUCCACAAAGAUUGAUUGCCUACACAGGUGAGAAGAGAGAGAGAGGGAGAGAGAGGCAAAGAAGAAGACGAGAUAUGGGAGAGGAAAGCUCAUUGGUGCUUCAUGGAAUGUGGGCUAGUCCUUUCGGGAAAAGGGUGGAACUUGCCCUUAAAAUCAAAGGCAUCCCUUUCGAAUAUGUGGAAGAAGAUCUGCAGAACAAGAACCCAUCAACCCUCCUGAAAUACAACCCUGUUUACAAGAAAGUCCCCGUGCUUGUCCACAAUGGCAACCCCAUUUCCGAAUCACUUGUGAUUCUUGAGUACAUAGAAGAAACGUGGAAGAAUCAUGGCCCUGCCCUUCUGCCGCAAGAUCCCUACGAACGAGCCCAGCUUCGGUUCUGGGCUGAUUUCAUUAACAAACAGGGUUUGGUUUGGUUGGUGCAGUUGUUCGAGGCAUCGGUUAAGGUAGUGAUGGCGGCAGGGGAAGCACUAGAGAAGGCGAUUAAAGACUUGAGAGAGAAGCUCAAAGUGGUUGAAGAGCAUGGGGUUAAGAGGCUGUUGGGAGAUGGAAGUGGACCAUUUGCGAACGGACAGGAAGUGGGGUUUGUGGACAUAGUAAUGUGGUCUGUUCUUGGAGCUUACAAGAUCCACGAAGAGGUCUUGGGGGUCAAAAUUAUAGAUGAAGAGGAGACCCCCGGCGUGGCCUCAUGGCUCAACUCCCUCAUACACCAUCCUCUUACCAAGGACAUCUUACCUUCAAAGGACAAGGUUGUGGGGCUUCUUCAAGUGGUGCUUCAUGGGAUGUGGGCGAGCCCUUUUGCGAAGAGGGUCGAACUCGCCCUCAAAAUCAAAGGCAUCCCUUUUGAGUAUGUGGAGGAAGAUAUCCAGAACAAAAGCCCAGAGCUUGUUAAGCUCAAUCCUGUUUACAAGAAAGUUCCUGUACUCGUCCACAAUGGAAGACCCAUUUGCGAAUCCUUUGUAAUUAUGGAGUACAUAGAUGAAGUUUGGAAGAAUAAUGGGCCUCCCCUUCUACCUCAAGAUCCCUACAGACGAUCCCAGAUUCGAUUCUGGGCUGAUUUCGUUCAGAAACAGGUGUUUGAGGGUCUCUUCUUAUCGUUGACGACUGAAGGGGAAGCACAGGAGAAAGCCAUUAAGGAAGUGAAAGAGAAGUUGAAAGUUCUUGAAGAACAGGGGUUGAAGAGUUUGCUGUCGGAGGCAGAGGGCAGUCCAUUUGUGAACGGCGACGAACUUGGAUUCUUGGACAUAGUGACGCUGACAGUACUUGGAAUGUACGAGAUUCACGAAGAGUUUUCUGGAAUGAAACUUGUUGAAGAAGAGAAGAUCCCAAUUAUGUACUCGUGGUUGAACAGGUUGAAGGAGCACCCAGUUGCAAAGGAGGCAGGGGCUCCCAAGGAAAAGGUUUUGGCGCUUCUUCAGUUCAUCAGUGUUGCUAAAUUCCGGGUUAGAAUGAAUAGCAGAGAACUUCACUGCCUUGCGUUAUUCAGCAAAUGCAGAUCUCUUAGAACCUUGAAGCAAAUCCACGCUUUUACGUUCAAAACAGGCUUAAAUUCCGACCCAUUAGUCGCCGGCAAGCUUCUUCUUCAUUGUGCAGUUACACUUCCUGAUUCUGUUCGCUAUGCUGGACGCCUCUUCCUUGACAUUCGAAAUCCAGAUGUGUUCAUGUACAACACACUCAUCCGUGGACUUUCCGAUUCUGACACCCCCUCUCAUGCCCUUCUACUGUUUGUUGAAAUGCGUCGCAAAUCCAUGGCUUUACCCGAUAGUUUCUCUUUUGCUUUUCUGCUCAAAGCUGCCGCUAAUUGCAGGGCUCUCAGAAAUGGGUUGCAAUUGCAUCGCCAAGCUAUUGGUUUUGGUCUGGAUACCCAUCUUUUUGUUGGGACGACACUGAUCAGCAUGUAUGCUGAAUGUGCAAGUUUGGCCUUUGCACGGCAGGUGUUUGAUGAAAUGAUUGAACCAAAUAUUGUUGCUUGGAAUGCCAUUGUUGCUGCGUGUUUUAGGUGCGAGGACGUUAAGGAUGCAGAGCAAGUGUUCCAUCGGAUGUCCAUAAAAAAUUUAACCUCGUGGAACAUCAUGCUUGCAGGGUACACAAAAGCAGGUGAGCUUCGGCUAGCCAGGGAGGUGUUUAUGAAAAUGCCUUUGAAAGAUGAGGUUUCGUGGAGUAGUAUGAUUGUUGGGUUCGCUCAUAAUGGCAGCUUUAACAACGCUUUCGCAUUUUUCAGGGAGUUGCGGCAGGAAGGGAUGAGACCAAAUGAGGUAAGCCUCACAGGUGCGCUUUCUGCAUGUGCACAAGCUGGGGCAUUCGAGUUUGGAAGAAUCCUACAUGGGUUUGUUGAAAAAUCUGGCUUUCUGCAUAUUGUUUCAGUGAGUAAUGCACUGAUCGAUACUUACUCUAAAUGUGGGAAUUUGGAUAUGGCUCGUUUGAUCUUUGAUAAUAUGCUGGAAAGGAGUGUUGUCUCUUGGACAGCCAUGAUUACGGGGCUCGCAAUGCAUGGCUACGGGGAGGAAGCAAUCAGAUUAUUUAAUGAGAUGGAAGAGUCUAAUAUUAAGCCCGACGGUAUCACCUUUAUAUCCAUCUUGUAUGCUUGUAGCCAUGCUGGAUUGGUUGAUUUGGGAUGUUCUUAUUUUUCAAGGAUGGUAAAUAUUUACGGUAUUGAACCCGUAAUUGAACAUUAUGGUUGCAUAGUUGAUCUUUAUGGUCGAGCUGGUAAGCUGCAGCAAGCUUUUGACUUUGUGUCUCAAAUGCCAGUUUCACCGAAUGAUAUUGUCUGGAGGACACUUCUUGGAGCUUGUAGCAUUCAUGGUAACUUAGAACUGGCAGGGCAAGUAAAGAGGCGACUCUUUGAACUCGACCCCGAAAACUCUGGAGAUCAUGUUCUUUUGUCAAACAUUUAUGCAGUUGCGGGGAAAUGGAAGGAUGUUGCCACUUUAAGAAGAUCAAUGACUCACCAGAAACUUAAGAAAACUCCUGGUUGGAGCAUGAUUGAAGUCGAUAGAAUCAUGUAUAGUUUUGUUGCAGGAGAAAAGCAAAAUGACAUAGCAGAAGAGGCACAUCAAAAACUAAGGGAGAUAAUGUCGAGGCUGAGGAUAGAAGGAGGUUAUGUUCCAGAAGUUGGAAGUGUAUUGCAUGAUAUAGAAGUGGAAGAAAAGGAAGACUCUGUUUCACAGCACAGUGAGAAGCUAGCAGUUGCUUUUGGGAUGGUAAGGCUGCCAAGAGGAAGAGGCAUAAGAGUGGUGAAGAAUUUAAGAAUUUGCAGGGACUGUCACACUGUGAUGAAGCUGAUUUCUAGGGUGUAUGAAGUAGAAAUUGUGGUGAGAGAUAGAAGUCGGUUCCACUCUUUCACACAUGGUUCAUGUUCGUGCAGAGACUACUGGUAAUUAGUUAAGUAAACUAGAGUUGAAAUUAGCAUCCUAUGCUAGAAGGGAAAGCCUGCAAAUAAGCUGAUAUCAGAAUCAAACCAGAAAACGGAUAACCUGCUUCAUCAAUGGAAUUGCAACAGAUCACUGGUCCUUGCAAAAGUUAGCAAGCCCAAAGAAUAUUGUUGAGUAAUAUAUUCUUUUUUGGAAGGUUACAAUCCUAGAAAAGGGGAAUUCAAUUCUAUAGUGCAGAAGGGGAGGUACUAAGUAUAAAUUCUGACCUCUAACUUUGGGAGAGUCGGUGGUCAUUAGAGAUUGUCAUAUUGUGUUGUAGGUUUACGGAUGUUGAUCAUUGAAAUUGAAAGGCAAUAGGUUAAGAUAUUAGUCUUGUAUGCAUGCAACCAUGUGGUUCUACUUAGCGAUAGGUUUUGUUGGUAUUGCUGCUCGUUUCUACUUUUCAACAAUUUUUCCGCUUCCAUAUUUUGUUUAUGUUCUA